GGUAUUUCCAACGCACACAUUAUUUGUUCUGGCAGACGUGAGUGCAGACGAUCAGAUCUUCAGAGCGGGACCCGGGUGACACCGCCGCCCUAAUCAUGGCAGGCCGCACUGACGCCACCGUCACCUCGGUUAAGUUAAGACUGUACUGACAGUAGUCGCCGCUGCCGUGAUGUGCUCCGCAUCAGUCCCACGCCCGCCCACAGCAAUCGCAGGUAAGCGCACUGGCAGAGAGGGUUCCCUUCGCUCUUCUUUCUUGCUCGAAGUGGACUCUCGGUUCACCGCUACCGUGACAGCAUGUCGAGAACAGACGAAAUCGCGCGGUUCUUUACAGCUUGCAUGGAGGACCCGGCACGUCCAACUCACUGUGCCCGAGUCCUUUGCGCAUGCCUUCACGCCCUGGAUGGAAGGCGCGAUUACGAGCUCUUCGCGCUAGACCUGCCAUUCUUCCCGCCUCAAUUCGAGGGCUACGAGAGCUUACGCAAGACACACCACGCAUACUUGACUGCGUGCGUCACCUUCUUGAGCACGUUACGCUCGAAGGAGGAGCUCGAGGAGCUCGCCGCGUCCAUCUCUGUGUGUGCAUGUCCGGCUCCGUCGGCCAAGGGGGCGGCAAGGACACUGGUAGCACGGCUGCACCGGUUCAAGCCUGCUCGCCAGUUCACGUUCAGGGACUUCGUGGAAGCGCUCGUUCGCCACUUGGGCGGUAUCCUCAAUCACGCAGUCGAGACAAAGACAAUCAGCGGAGCAGCCGCAUCGGGUGGCCUCAAGAGGAAUGCGAAGAAGCACGCUGAAUGUCGCCUGUGGCCUGUGGGUGCGAGUCAGCUCGUUCCCUCUGGACUCGAGCAGUCGAUGCAAGGAUACGUUGCUUCCUUCCGAUUGUGCCGCGAUAGCAGAUUCCAAGACACCCUUCUGGUUGUCAUGGAGUUCCUUUCCCUCUUUGGAGGACCUGUCCUGCGUCAUAUCCUCCAGUUCGAGCCCGAUUGGGCUUUGCGGAUCUCCGCCCUCGUUUGCUAUGUUCUCAAAGAGCGUAACGAGACCCUCGGAAGGCCUGUCAGGAUGGAUAUGGAAACGGGCUGGCUUCACACUAUCACCCUCAUCCUGAUGUUCUGCUCGAAGAUCAACGAGGAAGGGGAACGGAAUCCGCGGGACGUUGCACACUUUGUUACCUGGAAUAUGUCCGGGGAGAAAAACGGCUCAACCAUAUUGGUGAACUGCGGCCUACUAUUAGUCUGCACCGUCAUCCGCCAAGAGAUACAGUCCUUCCGUAACGGCACAAUUCUCUUCACGAACGAAAUCAUCGAACGAUUCUCCAUCCAAUCUGCGUGCUUUGCUGCGAGGCUCUACUGUUACAGGCCUCAAGAUGACGGACUGGAGUACCACCCCGAUAUCCUCCGGAUGCGAGCAAAGACGGACGCCUUCCUCGCAGACCCUCUUCGCACCGCCUUCGAAGGCUUUUGCUGGGCCGCCCGGCUGCGGCACUGUUGCGCUCCCGAAUGCAACGAGACCUUCGCCACCGCGGGACGACCCUUCUCCCGAUGUGCGGGUUGCGGCGUCCUGCGUUACUGCUCGCGGGAGUGUCAGAAGAGCGCCUGGAGAAAUACGAGGACCCCUCACAAGGAUGUCUGCCCAAAGCUGCGUGUGGUGCGCGAACGGACGAAACUUCCGCGAGAGCCGCGAGUCCCGGACCAUUUUCGCGACUUGCCACCGUUCAUCGAUGCAUGCAACGCGGAUGAGGGUCUCAGGGUGCUGGCCAAUGACUGUGGAAUUCACAUGUAUUACUUGAUGACCGUGCGGCAGGACUUUGGUGUCGAUCAUGUUCCGGAGGCAUUUCGAGCCCUUUUUGCAGCGACGCCAGACGUCGAUGGCGAGUGAUCAAGCUCAAGCUCAAGCCAGGAUCAAGUCACUAUAAAUCACAGUUCAAUCUCAUUAAAACACGGUCUCAUCUAGUAGGCUCCCCCAUGUAGAUGAUCAUUGACCCCGCAUCGGUACGAAGUGUUGUGUGUGUCC